AUGUGUCAGUCAAUGGCGACACACGCCGAGAAGGAAGAUAAGGCGUGCCGCUUCACCGCUAGCCAGGACUGGUUCAGCCAUAACGCGCCUGCCUGGAGAGAGCUCUUCCCUCUUGUCACCGCCCGCGAUCAGGCGCCUCGUGCGCUUGAGAUUGGUUCGUGGGAAGGACGUUCCGCCGUAUUCCUCCUCGAAGAGUUAUGCGGAACUCACGGGACGCUCGUGUGCAUCGACCACUUCGAUCUCUUUCGUACGCAGGCCGGAAAGGCGCGCUUCGAGACCGUGCAGCACAACCUGCGAGUGGCUAACGCCGCCAAUCGAGCGCGGGUCAUCGCAGACUUUAGCGUCCCUGCAUUGAUGCAGGUCUUGCGCGAGGAGAUCGCCCUCGACGAGAGCGGAGAGGGAGAGGCGGGGUUCGAUUUCGUGUACAUUGACGGCUCCCACGAGGCCGAUGAUACGUUACUCGAUGGAGAGCUGGCAUGGCGGCUUGCGAGGAAGGGCGCCGUCGUGAUCUUUGACGACUACGGUUGGGAGACCGAGCCGGCGGACAGCCGCCACCAUCCGCGGCGCGGCGUCGACGUGUUCAUGCAGCUCCAUGUGGGAGAGUUCGAGCGGCUUUCCGAGGAGGGAAAGUACCAGAUGGUCUUGCGUAAGACGAGCGAUAUGCGCAUAGGGUUCUUAGUGGCAGGUAGCGGUGAGCGACAGGUAGAGUACGGCAUCAACAUCGCGUACGCGAUCGACGCAGCAUACGCGAUGCCGCUGGCCGUGUCACUUCGUAGCCUCCUUGAACACACUCCCGGGCGCAUCAGCGCCUAUAUUCUUGUCCACGGGGUGUCGAACGACGAGCGCAAGAGGAUUCACGAUUCGUUGCCGACGCGCGACGACUUCACUCUGCAGUUCAUCGAACUCGGCGAGAAUACACUCGCAGUCAAGUCCGGCAUCUGCUGGGCGAAGAUCGAUAUGCUCGAGCUGCUACCAGUUGAGCGCGUGUUGUAUCUUGACGCUGACACGCUGGUACGCAAGAGUGUGCGCCCGCUUUGGGAUCUCGACCUCCAGGACCAUCCGUUAGGCGCUGUCCAAGACGUUGGUUAUCCGCUCGGUCCCACGAGCACCCUCGAUACACCGUCCGACCCGUACUUCAACGCGGGCAUCCUCCUUCUCGAGCUUUCGAAGAUCAGGUCUGGAUUGGUCGACCUUAAAGCUAUCGCUCUGAAGAACUUGUCGAGUCAGUGUGCUGACCAGGACGCACUGAACGCCCAUUUCUCACAGCGUUGGUUGUCCAUGCCGUUGGAAUGGAAUGCGCAGGGCCUAGGCACAUAUGCCAAGAUGCGGUCUCCGGAGCGCGCUGGUCUCGACGUUGAGAGCAUGACAAACAACGCCGCCAUCGUUCAUUUCACCGGCCCGGUGCAUCCCACCAUGAACGCCGUGCUCAAUGACUGGGGCCAACCCUACACGGCGAAGCCAUGGGGUUACGCAGGCGCGCCCGGCCAUCCAUACGCAGAGGAAUGGCGGCGCACUCUUGAAGGUACGGUUUGGGGCGACUGGCGCACGAGCGCCGAGUAUGAGGUGCAGCGGGAUGAGAGCAAGUCUCGGGCAAUGGAGGUCGGUAUCAAGGAGUACGGAAGAAGGGUGCUGGUAGGCGGGUCAAUUCCCGAGUCGCUAUAA